AUGCUUGAUUCAUCCUUUUAUGAGAUAUCAAGUAAAAAUGAAUUAAUGUUUGUUAUUGCUAUUACAUCUACAACUUUGGCAUUUAUGGCAUUGCUGAUUAACUUGUGCACGUAUGGAUAUAUCAUGUUGAAAGUUCAUCGUGGCAUGUUGUUAUUUCGAGAAAAGACAAUCUUAGCGGAACAAUCACUAUCACAACGACGUUUUGCUGAUGAUUUGAUGGGAGAAAUGAGUAAAGCUACGCAUUUUGAUUUUGCAUCAAAUCAAAGAGAAAUAAAUUCAUUAACUCAUGGAUAA